UGAGAGGCACGCAUGUUGGCCCGGAGGCAUUGGCACGGUUUUAGCACAUUAUUAUUCUCAAUUGUGCCUUUUUUUAUUCACGGAGACAUUUUGAAAGCACUGCUACACUGUAUGGCGGUAACAAGGCUCAGCUGGAAACGGUUGGUUCGUCGAGUUUGAUGAAAACGAGGUCGGGAUCAGACCGUUACCGUUAGCCCCUCCUGGCGGAUUUUUGUAGUUAUUUUUUUCUAAAGCUAACAAAACAAGGCAAAUAACAAUGUCGUUGACUGCUUCGUCUGAUUAUUUCGCUGCCGAGUGUCUGGUGUCGAUAUCCAGCGGUCCUGUCCUGCACAGACCCACCCCGGUCGUCCCGGCCAGCCAGCCGGCCACCGUGGGCCUGCUCCCCGGGGAGCCCGACGGGUCGAGCGAGGACAGGGAGGUGCGGGACACGCUGAGGCUGGAGGGGGCGAACAUGAUGGCGGUGGCCGGUAUCCUCACCGACCUGCACGGUAAGUUCCGCCCCAUGUCGGCCUACUCGGAGAGUAGCAACUCCUCGUGCGGUGGAGAGAGCGGUUACACCACGUUGUCCGACCCGACCACCCCUACCAUGACCCCCUCCGCCACCCCGGUCCCCGGACAGCAGCAGCUGAGGGGGGGAGGAGGAGGAGGAGGCGUGGGGGCCCCGCGCUCCCCGGUGAAGCGACAUCAGUGCACUUUUGACGGAUGCGACAGAGUUUACGGGAAAUCGUCCCACCUGAAGGCACAUAUCCGGACACACACAGGUGAGAGGCCCUUCCCGUGCACCUGGCCCAACUGCGAGAAGAAGUUUGCCCGCUCCGAUGAGCUCGCCCGCCACACCCGCACCCACACGGGAGAAAAACGCUUCCUGUGUCCACUGUGUGAUAAGCGCUUCAUGCGCAGCGACCACCUGAUCAAGCAUGCCCGCCGUCAUCCUGACUUCCAGCCUUCCAUGUUGGGACGCAACAAGGGCAUGUCCUCCUCUUCCAGCCCAGUCAUGCACCAUUAGGAUGGUGUGGGUGGGGGUUUCAUGGAAGGAGCACAGAAAGGUCACAGUGGUUUCAAUUAACCAGCAGCAAUCGGAUCCACUGAUUAGAAUUUAGCGUUGCUGUGUUCUACUCAAAAAUGUGCACAUAACACAUGUAUACAAGCUGACACACACACACAGCUGGAUGUGAGGUGGAAGUAGCCUCAUCUCUCCAUCCAUACAAAUGAGUCAUGUGACCACUAUCCACCUGCUCAGCAUAACUAGGGUUGGGUGUAGAGAAUUAUCCAAAUCGAUGAGAACUGGAGAAUAAGAAAUGUGCUUUUCGAUUCCACUUAUCGUUUCCUGAAAGCAAAGUUUGGACCUACGGACCUCGUUUCCAUUGCAGGUUAUGCGAGCGUCAAAGCACGUGUGCUGUGUUGACCGUACGACAGCAGUGAAAUGUAAUCACUGCAUGAAAAUAAAUACAUGCACAGGAAAAAAGGCCGUCUAAUCUGACGACACAUUGACUACAGAAUGGUGGAAGAAUGCAGCAUUUUGGAUGUCCUGAAUCAUGACACAGUGAAAUUACAUAUGUAACCUUUUUAUAAAUGAAAUAGCCAGACUGGAAUGUCUGUUUUUGGUUAAUCCAUUGAACUGAAUACAGUAUAAAUCAAGGUACUUCAUCACAUUGAUGCAAACGUUCUGUAAAACCAGUAAUGCCAGUUAUUGCAAAUCAACACAGUCCUGCUUGUUGCUUUGCAACAUCAUUGCCUAAUACGACCAUAAUGCAAUGCCUCAGAAAGUAAAGACUAAUCAUUUGCUUUAAGCAUGGAACCACAAAGAGUAUUUAUAUUUGUUUUUCUUUUAUAGCCAAAAACAAAUCACAAAAUACGUCAUUUAUUACAUGUUUAUGGCAGCCUACACAUCAUGAAAAUAAACAUGGUUUUUGCUUUCAGCAUACUUUGGUUUCUUUUCUCACUCAGGAUUCGAUUAGAAGGGGAAUCAUGAAGCAGAUUGGAAUCGAUAAAAUGUACCCAACCCUAAAAUUAACCUCAUUAUCUUAAACUGAAACACUUUCACAAAUUGCAGGGAUUUUUCACAUUUCUGUACAAAUCUGCACAUUCAUCAUCAGCCAAAACUCCUCUGUUGUGAUUAAUUUUGUAGAUUGUUGUUGUGCUCUUCAGUACCAUUUCUUUACCAGCACAAUAUUGUGAUGUUAGAUAGCGAGGCAGUGACUAGAAGUCUUUAGGCGUUUUUUUUCCUUUUAACUUUGCUGAUUCCAUAUAAAAGUUUUAGUGGUGACACAUUCCUUCAUUUUUUUAUUGCAUUAGUAAACAUCAUUGAGGCAAUUUGUCAUUUUUUGUAUAUCCAAUUUAAUUAUAGAAUCAAAUAUUCAUUUUGCCAGAAAGUGGAUUAAACUCCACUGUAGAAGAGUUGUUUGUAUGCCAUCCUUAAGCCUAGAUCAGUAUCAUCCAUGAAAUGCUGACACAUAAUACACAGUCGUAUUAUGUCUAAUAUUGAUGCAAAUGUAUAUAAGCUUCAAGCUUUUAAUGUAGAAAAUGCUACUAGCAGCAGAAUUAAUACAUGUGAUGAAUCGUAGUCCUUAUAUUAGGGGUGACAGUAUACGCUUGAUAGGAUGGCAAUGCCUGUGAGUGUCGGUGUGUAUGUGUUUUUAUUUACAUUUUUGUUAGCGACAGAACUGGGAAAAGUGUAUGCAAUGGUAUCAAAAUAUUUUGGGGAGGAUGACAUGAGUUGAGUUUGACUUUCUGCCUGCUGCCUUCAAAGUAAGAGCGUUCACCACACUCCUCAGGGUUGUGGAGCCACACGGCAGAACGCAUUUCAGGAUCAGGUGUGGCAGGUGUUGCUUUACACAGUUUGAGUUUCAGCUGCAGAUAGAACUGAGUCUCACAUGUAGCGUUGAAAAAAAAAUCCUAUUAAUGUUUGUAUGGGAAUCAAAAAUUGGUAUGAAAGUAAUUGAACAUCACCAUUUUCCUUGGAUGGGUCAGUCUGCUCCCAUUUAGAAAAGCUUAUACCACUAAGACUAAGACCUUUUAUUGUGGAGGACAUUUUGACUUGUCAGCAGCAAAAGCUCAGGUGCAACUUCUAAAGUUAAUGAUGGCUCUGUUCUGUGUAGGUGUGUCAUUGAACCAGCAUGUAAUAGCAGGGAGCAGGCACUUGUAAACAGGAUACAGCCAUUCAUGUUAUUGGUCACAUCUGCGUUUGACAAGUCAAAAUGUCCUACGUGAUGAAGAAAUGUUACUAUGUUGAAAACAUGAAGAUCUGAUAAGAACCCGUUCAGUACAUUUGAGAAAACUGGCACCUAAAUAUGCCAGAAAAUUCAGUAAUCCUCCUAUUUCAGGAAUAAUCACUCGAAAACACAUUGUUUUUUUGUUUGUUUGUUUUUUCCUCUAUGUUUCCACACUGUUUGUCCAGCUCAUGGACGUAUUCCUUUAUCUCAGAGAACAACACUUCUUCAGGAAAAUCUGAAAGCCUUAAACUAUGUCAUAACUACUUUGCACCAUGUUUACAGUUGAAUCAAUGUGUAGGUAUAUAUGCCCUCUUGUGGGCUCAUUACAGAUACUCAAUAUGCAAUAUGGCACUUUUUUUCUUGCAGGUGUAUUUGGCUGAAUAGUGUAAUGGCUUGCACUGUUACUAUGCUUCUACAAGCAAGCACUGUGGAACUUUGCUCGGGUGUUGAUAGCCAAUGGUUUGUAAAACUGCCUUUUUGUCCAAGUGCUUUAGAUCGCGUGAUAAACGAACUGGGUAGUUAUUUUUAUCUUUUGUGUGUUUGCUUAGUCAUCCAGGCCAUCUCUCGUUAUGGAAUUUGUGGUUUGUUUGUUUUGUUUUGUUUCUUCUUGAAUGGAACACGCUUAAUUUAUGUUUCCAGAUCUGAUGACUGUCUCCUCUACACUAAAAUCAAAGAGGAAGACUACAGAUGUCUUCCUCAUUUAUCUGUCAAACCACCUACACAAACCAAUUCACUGUCAAUCACAUUGUAAUGGGAGCUGUACAACGCUUUGAAAUUUUGUACACAUUUCUUCUUCAGAGGUUCAAUCUGUUGACGGUUUUUGGUUGCUGCUGGCAGUAACCUUGAACACAUGGACUGUUUAACAAAGGAACACACACGGUAUACCUGUUUUUUAUGCCUUCCAAUGGACAUAUUCCCUCACAUCUCCCCUCACAGAUGGGAGGGUCUCCUCACACAGACUGUCUGGGUCUCAAAGCUAUAAAAUCACAAGAAGAACAUACCUCAGAUGUUUUUUCGGUGUCUGUACAAUAUCCAUCCAACCCGUCGUUCAGAAAUUCCUAUAAAGCCGCAGAGCCUCGGAUUUCAGAAAUAUGUUCAUAUCAGCUAGAUUGUCUGUUGUGUACCUUUGUCUUUAUAUGCAACAUCACUACUACCUGUGUAGCAGUAGAAUUUCCUUUUCCCUGCCUCAAUGAACUUCUGCUGUUAAAUGGACAAUAGCAAUUGAAUCUACUGGCUAAAGCCUGCACCAACAGCCCCAGUCAUUAGAGCCCAGCAGGAGUUUUAGUCACCAAGGGAAAGACUCACUGCUGGCUCGGGCCGAGGCUUUAAAGGGGUAUUAAAAUGUCAAAAAAAGAAUAAAACUAUCAUGUUGACGGUCACUUCACUGCAGAUUUCAAUUGAAAAAGCUCAGUCCAAAUCUAUUUGUUCAUAUCACUGAAUGUGGCUUGAUGACAGAUGAGCAUUAUCCACUCUUGAGUUUUUGCUGCACAGCCUCGCUGUUAAAAAAAGUUGUAAUGCGAUAAUUUCUCGUCACCACACUAAUUCAGAUAUGCACAUUGUACAGAAACGGAUGUUUUUUAAAUUGAUGCCUAAUUUUUACAUUAAUGUAAUUUUUUAAAAAUCCUCUUAUCAAAGCUUUAGUUAAGGAGGAACUGUGGAACUAAAUAAUUGCUGCAACAAGCUGUUUUGAUAUUUAUAUUCUCAGGUGUCUUCAAUUUUGAGCAUUGGAGUUUCAAUAUUUCCUGUUCAACACCUAAGUACAAGCAUGUUUUAUUUCUUUUAUUAUGCCGAUUAAUUUAUUCCAAAAACUUGUAUCAUUUGUGUGGUUUAAUUAUUCUUUUCAUAACUCAUUUUGUGAUAUGGAACAGUACUAAUAUUAAAUGGUUCCAUUGUUUGCUUGACAUGAGAAUACCAGUGCUUUUUUAAAAAUAAAAAACCUUAAGUUGA